AUGAAAGAUCAGAACGAGGCCACCUCGCAGGCAAUCGAAGUUAAUAACAAUGAUGCCGCGAACAACUCUAUUCAGGGAUCUGACGACAAGGAGGAAUCAAAGGCGAAGAAAACCAGAAAAAGGACGGGCUGUUUCACUUGUCGGAGACGAAAGAAAGCAUGCGAUGAACGUCAUCCAGUUUGUGAGAGCUGCGAACGGCUGGAUAUUCCUUGCGUCUACCCGAAAGUCGCCGGUCAAGUAAGGCCACGACCUGGAACCUUCGCGAAGAAACACCGAGAAUUGGCCAAAGAGGGCAAGUCUACCUCGACGACACCUCAACCGAGUCGGCAAAUAUCCAGUGGCAGUAGCAUUAUGGAAGACACCGAGACGGUCUCUAUCCCGCAAGAGGCUCGCACUCAUCCAUCUGAAACACCACCCGAUAUCUCAAACCGAUCCCUUCCAACUUCCAAUUCGUACCACGACCGGACUCGUAUUCCAAUCGGUAGUCUCGGACCGAUCACCGUCGACGACUACACGCAAGGACCUUCUCCGUUGCACCCUCCUGGUCAGGGUCAUAUCGCCGGGACUACGACUCCGACCGCUCGAUCCAUUCGACAAGACUUCUUCUCGCCACACCCAGACAACAAACCUCUACUCGACCCGAACGCGCAUAUAUCUUCUGCUUCGCAUGGACCUCAGCGGCGUUUGUCGGAAAACAGCUUGGCGCCGUCUCACCAUUCUUCCAUACCCUCAGAUCAUCCUUCAAGACUAGGUCCCACCCUCGCUCCAAACCCAGGCCCACCUUCGUUCUUCUCGCACAACUCCAACUCCAACUCUCACUCGAAUGGUAAUAUGUCGACCCCGUUGGAUUAUAUGCAACCGACAGGGCAUAUGCUGGAUCAUCCUGGGAUUGAGACGCCCGUCGCGCUCGAUCAGACCUUGGUCGAUUUCAUCAAGACGAUGGAACAGUCCGAGUCCGAGUGGGCGGAUUUCAUACUUUCUGCAGGGGAUUCGCAGUACAGCUAUGAUCACGGCCACGAUCACGGUCAGGGUCUUGGCCACAAUCAAAACCACGAUCACGCCAUGGGUAUUGGACACGGGCAAGGACAAGAUGGACACUUACGUAUGAGUAACGGUCAACACGGGACGCCUGCAGCAGUGACCAGUCAGAAUGACGGGCAUCGUCACGGACUUGUGGUGGCUGUUGGAGAUGAGACAGGGAACGAUCAUCGAUCCGGGAUGGAUAUUGACUAUCGCUCGAGCAACCAUCUGCCACAGCAACUUUUGCCCAGCAACUCGAAAGGGACAGGUGAACCUUCUAAUCAGGGUUCGAUACCUCCUCACACAUUGUCGAGUAUCGCUUCACAGUCACACGUCACGUCGUCCUUGGCGGGGACGAGCCUGCCGAGCUGGAUUUGGGCGCAUGUGCCUGUUCUGAUCGACUACUUUGUCAACGGAUUUGGGCCCAUCAUCUCGGUCCUCGGAGCGCCCUCUAAACACUCGCUCACGCAAUCACUACUCCCGCUCGCCGCGACGUCGCCAUUGCUUCUACCAGCCCUGAUCGGAUGGUCGGCAAGCCAUCUGGCGCGGAUAGGAGAGCCGUACGCCUCGAUCGCCAGGAUCGCUACCGAGGUAACAGAUCGCAGGGUGCAGUCGUUGUUGCAAGCGGGAGCCGCUUCGGAUGCGACUCAGGGGGACGUCUCGCUAGAGGACAAGCUAUGGAUCGUCUUGAUGCUGGGAGGUAUCGAGAUCUGCAAGGGAAGCGUCAAUAGAUGGAAAGAGCUUCUCCCGAAAAUCCGAAACCUGGUCACUCUUCUGCAAAGAAGCCGACCGGACUCUAGGUAUUCUGAUACGCAGAUCUCGCUGGCACUCAACUGUAUCUACCACGACGUCUCUUGGUCUUUGGCUUGCAAGGACGACCCGCAAGUACCGGUGGAAACGUAUAGCCUGUUCAUCCGGCAAGCGGGGUCCAAGCCGGAUAUUUACCUAGGUAUCUGCGCACCGAUCUAUCAGAUUCUCGCUCAUAUCACAGCCCUGGCAGCGAAAGCCACGUCAGUCCAUGUCGUUGAGGACCAGGACGAUCGGUUCGAGCAAAUUUCGCGAGUCAUCGAGGAAGCGCGAGGUCUUGGCCAUAGAAUUGACCUGCUCGAGGUUUCGUCCCGCACGUUAUCCGAGAUGGCUGCCUGGCAGGAAGACGAAAAGUCUUUCAACCCUCAACCGUUGAUCAGCACCUUUCAGGCGUUCAAGUUUGCGGCCCACGCCUAUCUCCGGCAGAUCGUGUUUCGCAUGCCGGCCGUCUCGCUCGACGCACAGCUUUCGGUCGCCAGGAUGUUGACCACCAUUUCAACAGUACUCGGUACGCCGAGUCAGUCCCAAAUCCUUUUCCCCCUGUUCGUGGCUGGUGUCGACGCUAUCAGGGAGGAAGAUAGGGCGGUCGUCAAGUCGAUCUUUGAAAAGUUACACACGAUCACUGGGACCGGGAAUAUACAGAAUAUCUUCACGCUUCUCUUGAGCAUAUGGAAGGAUAAUGAUAAGGGAACUCGAUGGGUCGACUGGAGACAGAUUGCUUCAGACUCGGAAGUUACAAUAUCCUUUGCCUAG